AGAGCAACUCCGCGAGUACGCGUGCUCGAUGGAACAAGGUCGAUAAAUGUCGCCCCGUUCCGUUGACAGAAGCAAAAUCGACCACUUUGCAAACUACACCCAAAAAUAACGAGCGAUCCACCGAUAUUUCUAAGACGAAAUUUAUUCAGGCAAACAAAUGUUUACUGGUGGAAUACUCAUGGUUCUAAUGAUGGGCUUCUCGGAUGGUUUCCGUGGACCUCAUCACCCGCGAAACGAUGCCUCCCAUCAUCAUUACUCGCCCCAAAAGGACGUCAAGAUAACUCAAGAUUCGGAACUGUUACACGACGCUACGCAUUUGAAGGAAGACAUCGGACCCAUGGCGGAGCAGAUGGACUUUUCUAACAUGACCGUGGAAGAAAUCGAAUUCCACUACUUCAAAAUUCACGAUAUCGAUAAUAAUGCUAAGUUGGACGGACUGGAAAUCCUUUACGCGCUUCAGCAUUCUUUUCACGACGACGAGAAUUUAAAAGCCAAACUUAAUUACGAGGACGAUUUCCCAAUGAUCGUGGGAUUAGUUGAUACUGUAUUGACUAUAGACGAUCUGGAUCACGAUGGGUAUCUCGGGUACGACGAAUACGUGCUAGGUAGGCAGAGGGAUCACAUUACUCAGGCUAGAAAAGACAAUAAAGUGGACACUGAUACAUGAAA